AUGUCUCGCCAUCAUCCCGAUCUUGUCAUGUGUCGCAAACAGGCCGGUAUUGCCAUCGGUCGUCUCUGUGAUAAGUGUGAUGGCAAAUGCCCAGUUUGCGACUCCUACGUUCGCCCCACGACGCUCGUGCGCAUUUGUGACGAAUGUAGCUUCGGCAACUACCAGAAUAAAUGCGUUGUGUGCGGUGGUGAGGGCAUCUCGGACGCGUUCUACUGUUUUGAAUGUACUCGCCUUGAAAAGGAUCGCGACGGAUGUCCUAAGAUCAUAAACCUUGGCAGUUCGAGAACAGAUUUAUUUUACCAAAAGAAAACGAAUCGUACAACGCAAUACUAG